UCAUUGCCUCUUUGAUCCGAAAUCGGACAAAUGCUGGAAGCGGGGUCAGGACAUGCGGCGCGAGUUAAGGAACUACACAGCAGUGCAUUAUUACAACGCGAUAAACGAGCAGGGGCAGCCGAAAUCUGGACAAGAGAACGGCAACGUCAUGCCGGAGGUAAUCGAGAAGGUGUGGAACGACCAGGUAGAAAAGGCUGCCACCAAGAAGAUGAAGGAAAUUCCGAAAAAAACAGAGGGAGGCGCUGGAGAGGAUGGCGAAGACAAAAAAAUCGAUAUUAGCGGAAAGGGUCAUGAUACCGGCUAUCCCCAAACGUGAGGACCUCGUUAACAAGGAGCUUCCCGAGAAUUUCCUCCCUGCCCAUUGGCUUACGUGGUUGUCUUACGGACCUCUGGGCACCCACGCGGACGAGGACAUAUCUUUUUUGUCCUCCAACGGCCCUGAUCUUGAAGGAUUAAGUGACGGAGGCAUCAGCGAAGACGAUAACGACGGCGGCGGCGGCGAAUUUGAAGUCGAGGAUGCGAGUGGAUACGCAUCUCCCUCGAGCUCCUUAGAGGGAAACUCCAGCGGCGACACCGGCGAGGGCACUCUAAGAAUGGAACAGCUCAGGCUUGCCCAAGACAGCUCCGCCGUUCUGCUGCAGGUGACACAGCAGGUAGUAGGAGUUGUCCGUACCAUGGAGGAAGGGUCGGAAGCAGAUCGGAGAAAGAAAAAUCUUGCCAACCUGGAAACGUUGGAGAAGCUGUAUCGCGAUAUGGGCAACGAGGCCAAGGCAAAAGAGUAUCUUAUGCAAAGGGUCGCUAUACUCGAGUCGUCGAUGGCGCCGGUUGGUGGUAGCGGUGCCGGUGCCGCUGGAGUCCCCACCUCUAGGGGCGUGGACGUCACGGAAGGCGUUCAUGGUGGCAGCGCCGGUGAGGGGGGCGACGUCAUUGACGUGGAUCUCAGCGGAGGCACGAACGGAAACCGGAGCGACAACGAAGCCUCCCAGGAGACUGCCUCUGUAUGGGCGGGCGCAGUUCAAGCCGCGCGCAACCAUACCAGGGUUAGAGGAGGUCCACGAUCGGCAGCUACGACGGGUGCAGCUGCAAAGUAUUUUGCCUCACGCAGGGCUACGUUCAGCGGACCCGCCGCUGCCGCUGCCGCUGCCGCCAACAAUGCCGCCAACGUUUUGGCGGUGGACAGUUCGGAUAGUGACGCGGAUGGUGGAGGUAAUGACGAUUUUGUAAUGCACAUCGACGGUGAAUGAUGUCGCAAGGAAGCUUCCGUGGGC